AUGUCAAUAGAAGACGAGGAGAAAACCGCUUUCAUCACAGAUGAGGGGACGUUUUGCUAUACCAAGAUGCCCUUCGGCCUCAAGAAUGCUGGGGCCACAUACCAGAGAUUCAUGAACACCUUGUUUAGGGAGCAAAGAGGGAGGAACUUAGAGGUGUAUGUUGACGACAUUGUCAUCAAGAGCUUAACAGAAACAACAAUGAUAGAUGACAUAGCCGAGACUCUCAGCACCAUGCAGGAUGUGAACAUGAAGCUGAACCCCGGGAAGUGUUGUUUCGGAGUAGAGGAAGGGAAUUUCCUGGGAGUAGUGGUCACCAAAGGAGGAAUCAAAGCAAACCCGGAAAAAACCCAAGCCGUAGCCGAAAUGCGGUCUCCCAGGUCCCUAAAAGAUAUCCAGCAGCUAAACGGGAGGCUGAUAGCGUUAAAUCGUUUUUUAUUAAAGGUGGCUGACAAGACCCUUCCCUUCAUGAAAGUAUUGAAAGACUGCCUCCAAACCAACAAAUUCAACUGGACCACGGAGGCCGAGACGGCCUUCCAGGAAAUGAAGGCCUACAUCUGUAAGCUCCCGACGUUGGCUACCCUGGUACCCGGGGACCCGAUGCUCCUAUACCUAUCCGCCUCGAAAACGACCACAAGUGCGGUCAUGAUGGUGGAACGGGAGGUGAAACAAAUCCCCAUAUAUUUUAUUAGCAGAACGCUUAAGGGGCCUGAGGAACGAUACAUGCCUUUGGAGAAACUCGCGUUGGCUCUAGUCUUUGCAUCCCGAAGACUCAGAAGGUAUUUCCAAGGGCAUAAGGUUACCUUAGUGACCGAUCAACCCCUUCAGAAAGUGCUUAGGAAACCGGAGCUAUCGGGACGACUGGCUAAAUGGGCUGUAGAGUUGGGAGAGCACUCUCUGGAGUUUAAGCCUAGAACGGCCAUGAAGGGGCAGAUACUGGCUGAUUUCCUGGCAGAAGUCCCUGAGGAUGAGGAGAGGGAGCUAUUAAAAUGGGAGGCCUUGGAGGCGGAAGAAAGAAAAAGGGAAGACGAGGCUGUGUGGAAAUUGCUCACCGAUGGAGCAUCCAGUGAAGAAGGAAGUGGGGCAGGCAUCACGCUGGUAAGCCCCGAGGGGGUCGAGCUAACAUAUGCCAUAAGGCUGGAUUUCGAGAACACCAACAAUACAGCAGAGUACGAGGCCCUUCUAGCAGGGAUGAGGCUGGCACAAAAAAUGAAAGCAAGACACGUGGAGGCUAACACUGAUUCACAGCUGGUAGUAAAACAGUACCAAGGAGAAUAUGAAGCCAAAGAUAACACCAUGGCUCGAUACGUGGAGAAAGUUAAAGAGAUGGCUAAGGCAUUCAAAACUUUCAAACUGGAGUAUAUCCCUCGUGGAAGGAACAGGAAAUCUGAUGCACUCAGCAAGUUGGCCUCGGUAGCUUUCGACCACCUCGUGAAAGAAAUCAAGGUGGAGGUCCUGACAUCCCCCUCCCUUAACACAACAGAAGUUGCCACGGUCGAGGGUCCUCAAGAAACAUGGAUGACCCCAAUCAUCAGAUUCCUCCGAGACGGAAUUCUACCCGAGGGGGAGUGGGCGGCUAGAAAGAUAAGGGUCAGGGCCCUGCAGUAUGAACUGAUCGAAGGGGAGCUAUACCGAAGGUCAUAUCUGGGCCCGUCCCUGAAGUGCGUUGACAUAGAAGAGGCCGAAUAUGUGGUUAGGGAGAUGCACGAGGGGAUUUGCGGGAUGCACUCGGGACCAAGAACAAUAGUGAGAAAGGCAAUGAAUGCGGGGUUUUACUGGCCACGAAUGUACGAAACGGCGUCUGAGGAAACCAAGAAGCGUGACAACUGCCAAGUGCAUGCACCGAUGACCCACCGGCACAAACACCCCAUGGUACCAGUCUCGACAUCAUGGCCGUUCCAGAAAUGGGCCAUCGACAUAAUUGGGCCUUUCCCGGAGGGUCCGGGAGGGGUCAAAUACGUGGUGGUAGCCAUUGAUUAUUUCACUAAAUGGAUUGAAGCGAGGCCCUUAGCAAAGAUUACUGGAGACCAAAUGAGAAGGUUCGUGCUGGAUAACAUCAUAUGCAGAUACGGGGUUCCGAAGGAGUUGGUGAGUGACAACGGGGUCCAGUUUGCCGGAAGACCCUUCAAACCAUGGUGCGAGCAGAUGCGGAUUCAGCAAGUGUUUACCUCCGUCACCCAUGCCCAGAGUAACGGGUUGGUGGAGAGAGCCAACCAAAGCGUCAUUUAA